GGGAGUAUGUGGCGCAUUGUGCGGCGGAGUGGCAGGUUUCGAUUAUGAAGUCUGUCACGAUCUCGUCGAGGACGCGCAGGGUUUCUGGGAGGGGUUCCUGGGGGUAAGAGGGGUGCGGGGUUGGGUCCCCGUACGCGUGUAGGAGGUGGCGUACUGUUCAUCCAUUCGUUAGGUUAUUUGGCAAUACAACCCCCCCGAAAAAAAAAAAAAAGACAACAAUUAAAGUAACAAAGACGGAUAUGGAGGAGUAACAUACAUUCAUUCCCAAAGUUCAGCUGGCCUUGAUGACGAGUAAGUCGAACCCGCGGUUCAGCCAUGCCGUUAGUCAAAUGUCUUAAUUUGCGGCGGGCUCGAUAGUUGGCGUUAUUCGGUGCCUUUGUUCCGUCAUCUGUCUUCUUGGAAGGAGCAGAUUCCUUUCCUUCAGCUAUCGGAUUCGAUUCCGCGGGUUCCAACACGUGCUCGAGCUUGUAAUAGUCUCGAAUAUGUGUGGGAAAAUGGAACAAGUACUCGAAAUCGCCGAGCCUGAUAUUUUGCUUAUCUGGUGGAGGUUGGGGUUGAGCCAUGGCGCUUAGAUUAGAGUUGGAGUGGCGCGCGUCUAAUAGUGACUUGGCAGUGUUAUGCGAUAUGGUUGGGCAACGAAGCGAUGAAGAUGAGCUAAGCAGGCUAGGGUGCUUGUCGACACUUAAGUGUUGAUGAUGAUGAUGCUGAUGUUCAUGUCUCUAUUUAUCUUGUCUUAAAGGAAGUUCGUGGAUGAAUGAACGGCCGACGCGUUGUGAGAAUCCGAGCUUAUAUAAAGGUGAAACUGCCCUGGAGGAUUUAUUUCAUUUGGAGUGUUGCGGGGGCCUACGACUGAAACCGUCUUCAACAAACAACAAAGCAAUCACUCACUUCCACCAUGACUGCCCUUUUCAACUUCCAAUCCCUCCUCCUCGUUAUCCUCCUUAUCAUCUGCACAAGUACCUAUGCCCAUUCGAUAAUGCCGGGGAUUAUGGAUCGCAACCAGAACGGCUUCUUCGGGAUAUUCUGGAAAUGCGCGCGGGUUGGGGAACGGCUAAGCCCGUACGUCAGUUUAUGUUGUCUGGCUAUGGCUAUAUCUCUAUUCAUGGGACAGUGAAAAAAGGAAAGAGCUGACCCUCUUCCGCGCGGGAGGAUCCAUCAUUAACUUACGGAAGCGCAUGGCGUUGGGAGUUCCGUGGGUUUUUUUUUUUUUUUUUUUUUGCUUUUCACUUAUAUAGUAUGAGGAUACCCUGAACACUCACAAACCAAUAAUCAAAGAUGAGAUUUCUGCAUGAAAUUGUUUCUCGUCUUUUAUUCAAGGGCAGAUCAAUAGCCUGCCUGAGCUAAAUAUCCUAUAAUGCAUAUAUACAAAAAUUCUGAACAUAGCUCUACAUUUCCAUAGUUGACACUGUACAGUACAAACGAAUUAAACAAAGAGAGAUCCAAGUCUAAAUAAUUUACAUGAACAAGAACACCACCACCGAGGGUAUUGGUAUAGUUAGGAGGGUGAUUCAUCUGUCAUCUCCGCAUUCUCUUGACUUUCAACUGGC